AUUGCAACUGUGCAUACGGAGCACACGGGACCCCUAGCCUAGCCAGGUAUAUAUACCACUAUUCACUUCAUCCCAUCAUCUCCAAGCUGCACUCAUCUUUCAACAAUGGCAUCUCCAACAAUUUCCUCCAUGGACCAGUAUACAUCUCCCUCCAAAGACGAGAAGAUCUCACCUCACCAUGGUGAGGCUGGUGGCUCUGAUACCGAGAAGGGGGAGUCACGGGAGGUCUUUCAGGAGAACGUUGAUGGUGUUGAGUUCAGAACCGUCAGUUGGCAGCGCGCCACUGUGGUCUUUCUCAAGAUCAACUUUGCGAUGAGUAUCCUUGCUAUCCCUGGUGCUCUUGGUGCGCUAGGCUCUGUUGGAGGAUCUCUGUGCAUCGUCGGAUACACUUCGCUCAAUGUUUAUACCGCCCUUGUUCUUGGCGAUUUCAAGCACAAUCAUACCGAAUGCCACACACUAGCUGAUAUGAUGGGCCUCAUCUGGGGUCGUUGGGGUCGUGAACUUGUCGGUAUACAGAUCAUCGUCGCCCAAGUCCUCAUCUCAGCAGGCGGUAUAGUCACAUCAGCCAUUGGUCUCAACGCACUAUCCGAUCACGGAGCAUGCACCGUCGUAUUCGCCCUCGUCUCAGCCAUUCUUAUCACGCUCUUCUCGUCGAUACGCACAUUCGCCCGCCUGGGUUGGCUAACCUGGUUCGGCUUCAUCACAUUCGUCCUCGGAGUGUUUAUCUUCGUCGUCGCUGUGACGCAAGUCGACAGACCAGCUGCAGCGCCUCAGACCGGUGACUUUGAGCUCGGCUGGGCACCGAUUGCGUAUCCGAGCUUUGUUGUCGGUAUGAUCAACGCGACAAAUAUCUUCAUUAGCACCUGCGGCUCUUCCAUGUUCUUACCUGUUAUAUCUGAGAUGAAGAGACCGCAUGAUUAUCGCAAGGCUUGUCUUGUGGCUGGCUUCAUUGUUGGAGCUAUGUAUCUCUCUUUCAGCCUUGUCAUUUACAGAUGGUGCGGGACUUGGCUCUCGACACCCGCCUUCGGCAGCGCUGGUCCCCUCAUAAAGAAGAUCGCUUACGGCGUCUCUUUGCCCGGACUUAUCCUUGGCGUUGGUAUCUAUCAACAUGUCGCUGCUAAAUAUGCCUUUGUCCGCAUCUUGCGAGAUUCUGAGCACUUGCAAGCCAAUACCUUCACUCACUGGAGCACCUGGCUUGGUAUCAACCUGGCCCUGGGGACUGCAGCCUUUGUCGUGGCUGAGGCUGUGCCAAUCUUGAACUAUCUUCUCGGUUUAGCUGGCUCUCUGUGCUUUGCGCCCUUUAGCCUGGUAUUUCCGGCGCUACUUUGGAUGUAUGACUUCAAGAGUUACAAGACUGGGACUCUGGAUCAGAAAGUGAAGUACGCCUUGCAUGUGCUCAUUAUGAUUCUUGGAUUUUAUAUGAUCGUGGCUGGCACUUACUCUGUUGGUGUUUUGAUCAAAGAGGCAUUUGACACUGGGGCUAUUGCCAAGGUCUUUGACUGUGCCGACAAUUCGGGUUUCGUGCAGUAAGAUCGCACUGAUUGUACGGGUCACAUGCGGAGUUAUGUGUCGGAGGCUCGUGGUGUUCCAGUUUACGAUCUGGUGUUAUGUUAAGAAAUGGGCGACAGAUAAAAGAUGAGCAGAGGGGUUAACCUUUGCAUUUUCUCGCAUGGAACGCGUAGCUUAGACGAAGUCGCC